UAUAGUGUCAGUGAGAAACAGCUCAAUAUAAAAGUCCUUUUUUUAAACUAUAAAUCUCUACUUUCACUUUCACAUUCUUUUAUUUUGAAAAUGAAAGUAGAGAUUUAUAGUAUAAAAGCACUUAAUUAUUGGUCUGUUUCUCGCCCACACCUAUCAUAUCACUUCUGAAGACAUGGAUGUAUCUGAGUCUUAUGGAUUACUUUUAUGUGGCCUUUGUGUGAUUUUUGGAGCUUCAAAGGUAUGGUCACCAUUCACUUGCAUUGCAAGGACCAACUGAGCUGAAAUUUUAUUCUAAAAAUCUUUUUAGAAAAUCUUGUUUAUGUUCAGCAGAAAAAAGAAAGUCAUACAAAUCUGGGAUGGCAUGAGGAUGAGUAAAUGAUGAGAGAUUUCUCAUUCAGGGUGAACUAUCCUUUUAAGGAGUACACUAAGACAUAGAUAGUCUCAAAGCUCACAGACAGACUAAAUGCCAAAAAAACCCAAUUUUUAUUUAUUGGGCUCUUUAAAGGGCACCAUUAAACUAAGCAAAAUUCCCCCAGAAUGUCAUAACUGAUUACCUAACUCCUUUAAGCAAUUAUUUUGGCAUCUCUUCUUACAGUAUGUUCAGACAUUAUCUGUAUUGGUUAGUCUGUGAAAACUUGUCUUUCCUGCUCCUGGUCUGUCCUGGACCAGUUGUUGACAGUUAUGACAAGCAAUAGUAAAUGCCUGCAAAUGAAUUUUUUUGGUUUUGUUUUACUGUAUAUAGCACCAGUGAGGUUAACAGUAAAUGUUUAAGCCCAUGGUACUGUUCUGUAGAUUCUAGUUGAUUACAUAUCAUCAUAUUUUUAAUGUAUGCAGGUCUAAGCUGCUGAACUCUCCAAGGGCAUCAAGUUUAACAGAAAUAUGUGGAUGGUUGUGCUUACAUUUAUAAUUAAUCGUCUGGGUUUAAGCACUCCACGGUAAAAUCAAGACCAGCUUAAUCUGAGCAUCCCAAACAAUUUUAAUAACAUGAACCCAUCAAGAAAAAACCACAGUAUUACCACAGUAUUUGAUUCAGCCUGGAUUCAGUGGAUAUGUUCACAUGUUGUGCAAUUUCUAAAUAUCCUCAUACAUUUGUAAGGUUUGGCAAGCAGAUCAAGCCAAAUUAUCUGUCAAAUGAAAGUGAAGCAUCACUGACUGAUCCAAUUUCUUUCAACUUUGAAGACUUUGGCACUGAUGAACGAUAUCACAAGAACAACAUACUUGACGCAGCAGUCCAUUCCAAUUCAGCCAUGGAGUGUCAACAGGAGUACAAAUCAAGACUGAAAGCAAAAUAUCAAUGCUUUCACAAUGGCUUGUCCAGUCAUACAUAUCCCACAUUACUGAACGACAUGUACACAGAGCUUUACAUCACUGAGGGGGAAAGUGAGAAUAUCAACAAAGAGCAUGAGGUGAGACAGAUCGAGACUUUAUUGAAGAGACAAACCACAGUCGACAUCCCAGUUAAAUGCAAUGACAUUUUUAAACACUUACCUGAUAACAACAAACCCAUCAAAUGUGUGCUAACAAAGGGAGUCGCUGGCAUUGGGAAAACGGUCUCAGUGCAGAAAUUCAUACUGGACUGGGCUGAGGGAAAAACUAAUCAAUACAUUGAGUCUGUUCACCCACUUCCGUUUCGAGAGUUGAACCUGAUGAAAGGGAGACGGUUCAGCUUGGUCGAACUUCUGCAGCACUUUAAAAUGGAAGCAGUCUUUAAAGAUGUCCAUCAUAAUGUUCUCUUUAUCUUUGAUGGUCUGGAUGAAUGCCGCUUCCCUCUGGAUUUCCAGAAUAAUGAAAAACUGUGCAACCCGACCGUGCCGGCCUCUAUUGACGUUCUUCUGACAAAUCUCAUCAAUAAGACCCUGCUUCCUGGUGCUCUCCUCUGGAUAACAUCUCGACCAGCAGCAGCCAGUCAGAUCCCUCGUGAAUAUAUUGACCUGGUGACUGAAGUUCGAGGGUUUAAUGACCCUCAGAAGGAGGAGUACCUUAACAAGAGAAUUAAUGAUAAACGCCUCUCUGGCCAAAUCAUCACACAUUUGAAGUCAUCAAGAAGUCUGUACAUAAUGUGCCACAUACCAGUUUUCUGUUGGCUCUCAGUUACUGUGCUGGAGAGAAUGUUCAAUGAAGCAGAGGAUGGAGAAAUACCCAAGACGCUCACUCAAAUGUACACACACUUCCUUCUCAACCAAACCAGAGCUAAAAAUAUGAGAUACUCUAAAGAUUACAAGCCAGGUCUAAUGGAUGAAGAUAUGAUUUUGAAGCUAGGUAAACUCGCCUUCCAACAGCUGAAAAAGGGCAAUCUGAUAUUCUACGAGGAAGAUCUAAUGGCUUGUGACAUUGAUGUACAGGAAGCAGUAGUGUACUCUGGAGUGUGCUCACAGAUAUUUAGAGAGGAGUCUGCACUAACCCAGAACAAAGUCUAUUGCUUCGUCCAUCUAAGCAUUCAGGAGUUUUUGGCAGCCAUGUAUGUAUACUUCAUGUUUAAGAUCAACCACUGCAACGUUCUUGAUCAGGAACAACAUGACACAACAGACCUUAAUGAGACCACCUUGUUUGAAUUGCACAAGAGUGCCAUUGACAAAGCCCUACAGAGCGAGAAUGGACACCUGGACCUUUUCCUCCGUUUCCUUCUGGGUGUUUCGUUGGAGUCCAAUCAGAGGCUUCUACAAGGCUUACUACCUCAAGCUGGUAGCAGAGCCUCUCAGAGCAUAGAGGAAACAGUUGAAUAUAUCAAGAAGAUGAUCGAGGAGACUGCCUUGCCAGAAAAGUCCAUCAAUCUGUUCUACUGUCUCAAUGAACUGAACGAACUAUCUUUGGUUAAAGAGGUCCAACGCUUCCUGAAUUCAGGACAUUUUUCUAAACUCAGCCCUGCCCAAUGGUCUGCCCUAGUCUUUGUAUUAUUGACAUCAGAGGAGAAGCUGGAUGUGUUUGACCUAAAGAAGUACAUUAGAUCAGAUGAAGGCCUUACCAGACUGCUGCCAGUGGUGAAAGUUUCAGAGUCUGUUCUAUUGGAUAAUUGUGGACUCUCUAUGAGAUGUUGUAGAGCUCUUGCCUCCACUGUCAGUUACAACUCUUCAAAUGUACGAGUGAUAGAUCUGUGCAGUAACUCCAUUGGGGACAAAGGAUUAGAGCUACUGUCAGCUGGAAUGAAAAAUUCACAGUGUAAAUUAGAGGAACUGAGGCUCUCGUACUGCAGAAUCACAACGCAGGGCUGCUCUGUUCUGGAAUCAGAACUUCUUCCAAACCUUCCAAACCUCAGGGUAUUAGACCUAAGUGAAAACAGUCUGCGAGAAUCAGGAAUUAGGAUCUUGGCCAAUUACCUGAGGAAUCAGCAAUGUACGCUUGAGAUAUUGAGACUCAAGGACUGCAGAGUCACACCUGCAGGCAGCUUUGCAAUUGCCUCAGCUCUGCAGUCCAACCCAUCUCACUUGAGAGAGCUUGACCUGCACUGGAAUAAUCCAGGAGAUAAUGGUGUGGAGAAGCUUUCAGCUGUUUUAGAGCAUCCACUCUCCAAGCUUGAAACCCUUUGGCUGAGUUAUGGUUUGCUCACUGAUAAAUCCUGUGAGGCUUUGGCUUCAGCCCUGAGAUCCAGCUUCUCUACUCUGAAGGCUCUAGACCUGAGCGGUAAUGCAAUACAUGACAAAGGCGUAAAAAUGCUCUCAAAUGGGCUCGGAAGCCAACAUUGCAAAAUAUCGAUUUUGAGAUUGGCAUUGUGUGAGAUCACAGAGGUAGGUGUGGCCGAUUUGGCCUCUGCUCUGGUUUCAAAUCCUGAUCCACUGAGAGAGUUGGACCUGAGACAGAACCACAUAAAAGACGCUGGUGUAACAAGACUCUCUGAAGUGGUUGAGAAUUCCAGCUGUAGGCUAGAGACCCUACGUUUAGGGGACAGUGGCAUCACAAAGAAAGGCUGUGCUGUCCUCGCAGCUGCUUUAAACUCAAACACCUCUAAUCUGAAAGAGCUCGACCUGAGUAAAAAUGACCUCGCAGACACAGGGUUGAAGCUCCUCUCUCCAGUGCUGAGGAACCACAGCAGCAAGAUCAUGAAACUGGAUUUGAGUCAGUGUGCCUUAACUAUGGACUGUUGUGAUUCACUGGCUUCAAUAUUUGGAGAAAAAUCCUCAAGUCUUAGAGAACUGGACCUGGGGGUAAAUAACCUGCAAGAUCUGGGAGUGAAAAUACUUUGUGCUGGAUUGGUAAAUCCACACUGUCAGUUGGAAACUUUGAGGCUGUCUAAUUGUGGUGUCACAGGGGAAGGUUGCACAAUUUUAGCCUCAGCACUGUCGUCUAAUCACUCACUUUUAAGAGAGAUGGACCUAAGUGAAAACAAUCUGACAGACUCAGCCGUGAGACCACUAUCUGUCCUACUGGACAAUCCACAUUGUAAACUAGAGAAAAUUAAUUUGUAUUGAAUAACAGAUCUGUGGAUACCACGGCAUAAUAUUCAAUAUUCAUGAUGUCCAUCUACAUUUGAAAGUGUAGCAGAUUGCUGACAUACCCAACCACUCAUUGAUGUCAGAGACUGCUUUUUUUUUGUUGGUCAUUUAAAUGACAUAUUUGGAUUUAUGAUUUUUAAAGACAGUUUUAUUUGAAGUUAUUAUUUUUUGUAAUUAUUUAUUGUUAUUGCUUUUCCUAUAUUUAUUAGAUACCUAUAUUCUAAACAUAUAUUUUCAUAUAUUUAUUAUACAUGUAUAUUCUGCCAUGACAUAUUCAUAGUCAUACAAAUUCAUGCUCUCAGUUUGAAAUGUAAAAGCUUUAUCUUUUAGACUGUACUGUUAAUGUAAUAGUUGCAUUACUACAUGGAAAUGAAAUACACUACCAGUCAAGAUUUGGGCACAAUAUGGUUUUAAAAGCAUUCCAGGAUAUCUCAUGCAGUUGGUUGAAUAUCUAGAGUUUAGAGCUGUAAUCUAGGCAAAGGUUGGGUACUUUGAAGAACCCAAAGUGUUUAAUGUUUUUGGUCACUAUAGAAUUCUCAUACUUCCAUUUGUGUUAUUUCAUAGUUUUAAUUACUUAUUAAAUAAGUAGAUAAUAAGUAGAUGUGUCCAAACUUUUGAAUGGCAGUGUAGGUCUUCAUGCAUCGAUUUUGAUUUUGAGAGCUAAUCUGUGACAUUAGUGGCAAUUUCAGGAACUGCAAGGAGAAAACGUGAUAAAUUUGCUAAACUCCCAACACACUUCACUUUCUGCUGUUGCAUUUGUAAACAUAUUGAACAUUUUCUCAGUGUUAGUAAUGACUAAACAAAAUGAUACCUCAACAUGUUUCCAUACGUUUCUCAACCUGCUUUUUGAAUGAAAAAGUUUAAUGUAUGUUACAUAAAUACUUACUGUAAAAUUUAGUUGCAUGAUGCUUUCAUGUCUGCAGUUUAACUAAAAUAUGUCAUUUAGUUUCCAACUUUUAUCCUGUAAAGCCUCUCAAGCUACAUACUGUCCACUUGUAUCAAUAAACCUUAUAUUAUAACUAAA